CCACAUUCUGACCGCGAUAAAGCGCGUGCAAAAAGGCAAACUUUUACAUCUUAGUCUUCACUUUUCAGAAUUCUCCUCCCUCUCUCUACUGCAGCCGAAAGUCAUGGAAGUGUCCGCUUUUCAUACUGCCUUCUUGGCUAUUUUCUGUAUAGUCCCCGUGCUGUCACAAAGAAGCUGCAAAAUCAAUGACUUUGAUGUGCAGAGAAACUUCAGACCCGAGCGGUUUAGUGGGGUGUGGCACCUCGUGGGCUACAACAGAAUGUUAAGUCCAGUGACACGCCUUCCCCCUAGAAUUAAAAGCAUCAGCACCCGUUACGUUAAGUCUCGGUACUACCUUGGAGCGGACGGGAGGGGAUUUAUAAUGAGCAAUGGGCAAGUGACCGUGACUUUGCAAAACGGGUAUCAGUUUACUCGAUGUGAGCGUGUGGAUUUCUCCACGAUUAUGGAAGAGGGUUCAAGACCAGUAAUGGAUCUCAUUCAAGUCACAGGGCGGCGCCGUGGGUCCAUAACCAGGUCGCAUAUCAUGGAGACUGACUACAAUAAUUACGCGGUCAGGUACACCUGUGAAGAGGAACUCAAUAACGGUAGAUGUGCACCAGAUAAGGAUCACCUCUGGGUUCUGCGCAAAGACAAUGCGACCUUUGCACUCACUCCCACUCAGAUCCAAAAUAUCAUGUCGAGACUGUGUAUCUCUGGUUCUUAUGUCCAGUCCCCUAUUGGGGAAGAGUGUCCAGUUCCUACUAUGUCGAUAUAGGCAUUAUAUUUCUGCAGACAUUUAAACACUAUCUACCAAAUUAGUGCUGAAAUUAUUCAUGAACUUUAAAGAUGUUAAUCUGAAUGGAAAUCUUCUCGUAUAUACUUAAUCAUAUAUUCAAUUCACUUCAAUUUGCUAUAUAGGAAAGUGAUAGAAAAAAGGUUCGAUUUAAUAUGUGAGUAGAAUUGGCAAGCGUAUAUUAUCCGUUUUUCUUUUUGUUCGUGUGCUUUUACUACAAAAAAGGCUACUUUUCUGUAAUUUUAAAGAAAAGACAAUAAACAAGCUGAGUUAGAAUAAAUGCGUUUACUUGCCGUGUACUCAGUAUAUGGAUUUCUACAAUAAAAGUAAAAAUAUU